UUUUCCGGUAAACACCGAGUCGCACACGCACACACACACACAGAGUCAGGCCAGACAGGCAGACAGCCACGCGAUCACGCGCCAUACCGUGCCCCGUACAACGUGAGAUUCGCAUUCGCAGCGUCUUCGCAUUUUCCGUGUGUGUCGCUUUCCUGUACGCGAAUCGCUGAAGCUGAUUGUGCGGCUGCGAGAAGUGUGGCGGCAUCCGCGUCGGUGCUGUACGCCUGGCGGUGUGUGAUCUGUGUAUCGUCAGUCAGUCACUGAGUGGUGAACGUUGCUCGAAACCGGCAUAAUUCAGUUGGCUCUACAGGUGUAUUUGUUGGACUGUUUGAAAGUGAGAGAAAGAGAAGUGCGAAGUGGUGAAUUACUGGCAUUGGGUUUCCAAUCCAAAAACACGCCCAUGGAACCAUGCUAGAAAGUCGAUUGGUUUGAAGUUUACUUACCGGAAUCUGAUAAGUAUCGUGAGCACAAGACAUCCCAUUGCUAUAACAACCAUUGAAGUGAUUUCAAGAACGGACCUCAACGAGUUCCAAUCGAAGCGGAGGAUAGCAUAAUUGCCCGAACAAACUCGCUCGGUCGGUGGAACAUUUUAUGCUGUUCGGCUCGACUGUGUAAAGUGUAUCUGGUGUGCAGUGGACUCUCUAGUGCAACAGACAACCAGGCAAUUGUUUCGCUUGAACGAACAUAGGCCGGUGUGGUGCGUAGGAGCAUUAUACAGUACGCCCCGGAACGGCCAACGGAGAUUGGAAGAAGAUCGAGUCACGAUCAGAACGAUAGCAACACAGAUCCGCGCGCAAUCUUGGCAUCCAACCCGGGCACCAUGAAGACGGAAGAGAAAACGAACGUGCCGCGUGUGCGGAUAGCAGUGCUCGGCAAUAUCAAUGUCGGAAAAUCGGCCCUCACAGUACGCUAUCUAACCCGACGGUUCAUCGGCGAGUACAGCUCGAACACGGAUCUGCUGUACAAGCAGACGGUGACGCUGGACAGUGGCGUGCUGGACGUGGAGAUCGUGGACAUCUCGGCCGAGAACGACAACGGGUUCCCGGUCGAGCAGAUCCAGUGGGCCGACGCCUGCCUCAUCGUCUACAGCAUCACCGACCGCAGCAGCUACGAGUACGCCCAGCGGUCGCUGGCCGAGCUCCGUCAGCUGCAGAACGCCCCCUCGGCCUACCUGGUCGCCAACAAGGCCGAUCUGGACCAUCUACGGGAGAGUCCCGAGAGUAGAAGGCCACCGAGGGCGUCGAUCGAUCGAGCGUUCAGCGAUCCAUUCUCUUUCCUUACUGCCACAAUACCACUCAACCACACUGUUGCUAUGCGGUGUGGUUUCGCGCUGUUUGUAUCGAAGCAUGCUCUACGCUCUGGCUUUGGUGGUAUGCUGCGCCCCUGCGGUGCCAGGUGGCUAAUAUGUUUUCUCUCGAGUGAAGUGCCAGGCGUCUCCAUUUCAUCGAAAUUCCUAACGAACGUGCGAACGCGGGAACCCCACAAUCCAUUAUGGCAGCUGCUGAUUAAUUUCUAUUGCUCAGCUGUUUCCAUUUCUUCUGUUUCUCUAGCUUCCACGUGAUCAUCAACCCGCAGUCCGGGUUCUGGGAAGAUUAGUGAGCUUUUCAUCCAGCACGAUAAAUCCGUUAUCGCUGCAGUAAAAAAAUCGGUAGAGUGGGAUGUGGAGUACCGUGAAUCAGCACAUUCAGCACAUUCUACCCACUGGGGGGGAGGGCUUCUGAAAUUCCAAUCAAAUUGCACUCUAUUGGAAAUAGUUUAGUGGCGAAAUUUCACACAAAAUGCAUUAACAUAACAUCAUACAAUGUUUUCCACUGGGUCCAUGGUCAAUCGUCAUGCCACGUGCGUGCUGUGCCCUGUACGUCCCUCUUGCACUGAUUGGCACAUACACAACACAGAGCAAAUGAUGCAGCCCGGGCGCGUUGCAAACAGUGACCAGCUCGGAUGCAACCGGUCGCAACCACCGGCAGACCUUGCGGCAGCCAGGGGAGAACGCCUGCUUGGUCACCUGUUACUGGCACGAUUCAUUAGUCAUGCUAACCCUACCGAACACACUAAACAAUGCACUGCUCAGACCGAAUGGCAGGGAUGGGGGCCGCACCAUCGCCGCUCACUCCGCAUCGUACUUGAAGACGUCUCUCAUUAACACGUGUAAUUGGGGAAUGGUAACGGAUUGACUUGGCCAAAGGACCGUGAGCCGGCCGUCUGCCGCCCAGGACAGAUGUCGAUGCCGGCCAAGAAAACCUCCCCGGGGACAGGCUUGUUACUGUCUAAUCGAAAUUAAUUACGAUGCCGCACGAUCGGCAUCAGUCGUGAGCAGCCGGCUGCCACCGAGACGUUUCACUUGUCGUCGAGUAAAAUGUUAUCCAGAUCCACCGCGACACGCGGCUAUCGCGGAUCGGUUUGACCCAGAUUCCCAGACAGCUAAACAGUGUCCCGAGUGGACGCCGUACGGCGUGUGUGGCCCCCCCGGCCUUUGCGGGGGACACGCUCAGAUGCUCGCGGGCGAUUAAGAUGUCUCUGCAAACUGUCACUGCGAGCCAGUCAGAAGACCAGUUCGUUGCCCUUGGUUGCACGGCGCUGUUUAUGCGCGAAUCAUCGGUCCGGGCCUUCCCAGGGUCCUUGGCGAGCUCGGUCUGCCAUCGGUGUAGCUUGUUAUCCUUCGUCUAGAAGAGAGAGGGGACGCGUUGCCCGUGUUCGCACCGAUUGCUGCGAUGGAAACUCAAGAUUAAAGAUCGAAGCAAGCAAAAAUGACAGCUCGAGUGGCCAUGUGCGUGUGUGUGUCCGCCUGACCCGAGGAAUACAGAAGAUGAAUGUUUUGUUUUCGUCCCUAAACCGAUAGGCCGGAGCGGUGUUUCAGGAUGUCGGGACGAUGCCAAAGAUCAGAGGGAACGCGCGAGAGAGAGAGAGUGAGAGAGAGAGGGAGGAAUUCGCAAACCUGACUUGUUGACAAGGGACACCAGAAACCACUUAACCCACAUACUACUACGGAAUGUCACAAGGAAUGCCCCCUGGCCCGGCGCAUGAUUCACACCCAACUCACCCAGUUGUUUCGUUUGUUUUGUUGUUUUGUUUAACCGUUCUCCCGGCCAGGUCCAGGAAACGGAAGGAGCAUCACUAGCCGCCUCCCACGCCAUCGGAUUCUGCGAGGUUUCCGUUGCGGACAACUCACCUGCCCUCUA